UUUAUGAAAUAACAAAUGAAAUUGAAUAGAUAUAUCGAUUUAAUAUAAAAAGCAUUAAAAAUUUUUAUUAAUCAGUUUUUAUAUCUACUUUCAACGGAUAGAAAUCAUCAUAGAUUGAAACAAGGAUGUCAGCAGGAGAGGUAAAAAAGACGGAGGAACCCCUUAUUUUUCACACUUAUCCUUUGUGUAAGCAAAGCGACAUGUCAGAAGAAAUGAAACAAGAAGCUAUUGAAAUGUGUGUAACGGCUACGGAGAAGUAUACAGAUAAUUACAAACUUGCAGCUCGGGCAAUUAAGUACGGUUUAGAAAAACGUUUUGGAGGGCCAUUUCACGUAGUAGUUGGUGAAUCAUAUGCUUCUGCAGUUACAUAUCAGGAAAAAACGUUCUUAUACAUGUAUAACGGCGGUAAUAUUGCUAUUCUUGUAUGGAGAACAGUUUCAAAUUUUUGAUAAAAGUAUUAAAUCUACAAUUCAUGUUUUAUUAUUUACGUAUACGACUUUUUCUUAAUAAAUAGAACAUCUUUUCUGUUACGAUGAACGAA